AUGAUCUUUUACAAACAAGUGGAGCAGUACAUGUCCUUCCACAAACUUCCGUCAGAUUUCCGACAGAAAAUCCACGAUUACUAUGAGCACCGUUACCAGGGCAAGAUGUUCGAUGAAGAAAGCAUCCUAGAGGAACUGAACGAGCCGCUCAGAGAGGAAAUCGUGAACUUCAACUGCCGUAAGCUGGUGGCCUCUAUGCCCCUGUUCGCCAACGCCGAACCCAACUUCGUGACAGCCAUGCUGACCAAGCUCCGUUUCGAGGUCUUCCAGCCGAUCGAUUACAUCAUCCGUGAGGGAACCAUCGGCAAGAAGAUGUACUUCAUUCAACACGGCGUCGUGACAGUGAUAACCAAAGGAACUGUGGGGCUGAAACUUUCUGACGGCUCCUACUUUGGAGAGAUCUGUCUGCUGACGCGGGGUCGUCGUACGGCAAGCGUGCGAGCGGAGACCUACUGUCGCCUGUAUUCUCUCUCCGUGGACAAUUUUAAUGAGGUAUUGGAGGAGUAUCCCAUGAUGAGGAGGGCCUUUGAGACCGUGGCCAUCGACCGACUGGACCGCUUAGGAAAAAAGAAUUCCAUCCUAAUGAACAAAGUGCAGCACGACUUAAACUCCGGCAUCUUAAACAACCAUGAGAACGAGAUGAUCCAAGAGAUCGUGAAGUACGACCGAGAGAUGGUGAAGCUGAUCGAUCAGCAGCGGCCGCGUGCCAUGUCCAUGACGCCCUCCAUCCCGCCAGGGAUGUUUGCUCCGCCUGGCCAUUCGCAGGGCAGCUCUGCCAUCGCUUCUCUUCAGCAAGCUGUAGCGAUGAGCUUCUGUCCGCAGUUCGGUGGCCCGAUGAUGGGUCCGAGCACCUUGCAGUCGCCCAGGAUGGUCCGGCGGUUCCAGGUUGUGCAAAGCCUUGCCAGCCCGGUUUCGUCUUCUCCCCAACAGUCUCUCCCGCCGCUUGGCGCGUUCGCCGCCGUUGCAAUGGCCAGUCCGCCGGUGCAGAGUCCGCUAGCAGCGGCAGGCGGACGAACUUUCCAGUACGGGAGUGGCCCGAUGGGUGCGCGCUCCGGAUCGCAAUUGUCCCUCAUCCAACAGCAUGCUCCCAGUCCCACACGGCCCAAAGGAUCCCAACCGUUGCACCAAACAGGCAGCUUGACCCAGGAUGAUAGAGCCCUGUCUGCAUCACAACCCUCCCUGCCACAAGAUGGCGCUCCACCCGUCGUGCCCAGCCCACCACCGUCGACCCGCGUGUCCUCAACAUCGAUCGGCCCACCUCAUCCCGCCGUCCCGGGGCCUUCCGGUGUCCGGAGCGCAAUGCAUCAGAGAAUGGCACUGCCACACCAGGCGUCCGCAGCCGUGUCUGGGAUUUACCCGUCCACAACGCCCCCUACAGGCACUCCCCCCGUAACGGGACCGGACUCGGCUAUACGCAAGAAAGAUUCAAUAGUCAGCCUUCCCGAGACGGACUUCACAGCCAGAUCCCGGCUCUCGUCCAACCUCUGACGAGGACUCUGAGACUAUUUGCAAUACUUUUUUCACGGAAAGGCUGGCAGAUGCGAGGCAAUCUUCCCUGCAAGCACUUGAAGGACAGGCGGACAGAUUGACUGAACAUUCCUCCAUAUUUCCCGGCAUCAAAUGUAAAUCAGGGUACUUUAUGUUUCUGUUAUGAGAAGUGUUUUUUUUCUUUUUCUCUCUGUCUGUCUGUUUUUUUAUGUUUUGACAAUGUGCCCCAAUGCACAAUGUACUGUAAAUACCUAGUGCCUAGUAUAUCUAGUUUCCAAAUAGUCUAUUUUUAGUCGUAUGUGGCUCCAUGAAAGACGAAAUGCAAAGUUUGUCUUUUCUUUUUUUUUUUAUAUAAAGGGAAUGUUCACCCAAAAAUGAUUUGUUUUUAAAGCAUCUUCUUCACGCUGUUCUUUUCUGUACAAAGUUCAUCAUGACCACGUUUAUCAAACUCUAAUAUAUAUAUAUAAAACCCCAUAAAACUAUAUACUGGAAAAGUCAUUUUGUCUUGUUUUCCAGUGCAUAUAUCUGCACAUCCUUAAAGCAAUAUGUUUGAGAAGCAAAAACAUUUAAAAAAGGGGGAAAAAAAGUAUCAAAAUGAAUGAGUUUAUGUUUAAAAAAAAAAAAAACAUUCUUUAGGCCUAUAUAUUAUUUCUUACUUUCUUGGGUGAACUCGAAUUAAAAAAAUUUUAACAAAACUUUUUAAGUGAAAUUAUCUUGAUUUAAGAAUGUGUGGAUAUUU